CGUUCAGCACGACGGUUGCAUGCGAUCGAUGAUGAUGUAGUCGACGAAGAAAAUUAUGAGUUAGUGGAGAUGGUAUCGUGUGCUAACGAUUCGGAUGAAUUAGUUUGCGUUAAGGUAGGCGGAGUUUUAAUUGAAAUGCAGAUUGAUUCAGGCGUUCAGUCAAAUAUAAUUGACAAAAAAACUUGGGAAUCCAUGACGCGGAAUGGUAUAAAAACAUUGGGAGGAUGCCGACCAUCAGACCGCAGGUUUAAAGCGUAUGCGCAAAAAGAUUGUUUAAUAGUAACUGGUAUGUUCGAUGCAGAGAUUGUUAUAAAUGAUGUUGGAAAGGAAUUGAAAACAAUCGGAAGGUUUUAUAUUGUGGAACAUGGCCCCCAACCGCUUUUGGGAAGAAAAACUGCUAAGCAGCUUGGAGUUCUUAUUGUUGGGCUCCCGAGCCAACAGGAAUACGUUAAGCAUAUCGAUGCAGUAAUCAUUUCCGAGCAUUCGUGGAGUAAAAAUUCACAUUCCGGUGAAUAAAUCGAUCAAACCCGUAGCCCAGCGUUUACGGAGACUACCGUUUGCUACGCUAGAGCGGGUGGAGGACAAAUUAAAAGAACUCCUCGCAAAAGAUAUUAUCGAACGAGUUUCAGAGCCCAGUCGGUGGAUAUCGCCAAUUGUAGUUGUUGUUAAGGACACGGGAGACAUACGAUUAUGCGUCGAUAUGAGGCAAGUGAACCGAGCAAUAUUGCGGGAAACUCAUCCACUUCCUACCAUCGCGGACAUCCGCUGGAAGCUCAACGGUGCGAAAUAUUUUUCCAGACUGGAUAUAAAAGAUUCUUUUUAUCAGUUGGAGCUAGAUGACGAAAGCAAACCAUUGAUGUCAUCUACCGGAAAGGAAAGUCCAAUAUAGCAGAUCCGCUAUCUCGUCUAUCACGACCAACCGAUACGAACGCAUUUGAUCCUGAUUCAGAUGUGUACGUUAGAAGUGUAUUCGAGUUGACAGCGUUAGAUGUGGAUGAGUUAGAAAAAGAAUCUGCGUGCGAUGAUGCACUAACUGAAUUGCGGGAAUGUUUGGAUCGUGGUACUUGGAAUUAUACUUCUGAGUUAAUAAAACUAUAUCAUGCGUUCAGAAAUGAGCUUGGAAAAGUCGGGGACUUGAUAGUAAGAGGUCCUAGAUUAAUUAUUCCAACAAAUUUAAGACAGAGGAUGUUGAAUCUUGGGCAUGAAGGACAUCCGGGGAGAACUAAGAUGCAACAGCGUCUGCGAUUUUCUUGUUGGUGGCCUGGAAUGGACGAAUCGAUUGCGCGCAUCGUGAAUAACUGCGAAGGCUGUCGUCUGGUGAGUCAGCCAGAAAGACCAGAACCAAUGGAAAGAAGAAAACUACCGGAUGCUCCUUGGGUUGACGUCGCCAUCGACUUUCUUGGUCCAUUACCGUCGGGUGACUAUUUGCUUGUGAUAAUCGACUACUUUAGUCAAUACAAAGAAGUUGAAAUCAUGCAGAAAAUAACAGCAAACCGAUUGGACAAGAUUUUUAUUCGACUUGGCUACCCACGGACUAUCACUCUGGACAACGGUCGACAGUUCGUGAGCACGGAGUUCGAAAGUUUCUGCAAAACAAGAGCGAUCAUAUUAAAUAAAACAACACCUUACUGGCCCCAAGAAAACGGAUUAGUUGAACGUCAAAAUCGAUCCUUGGUUAAAAGAUUGAAAAUUAGCCAAGCAAUGAAGCGAGAUUGGAAAAACGACCUACUUUCGUAUCUACUCAUGUGUUAUUCAACUCCACACAGUACAACAGGCAAGACACCAACUGAAUUGUUGUACGGAAGGAACAUAAGAAGCAAAAUACCAUCGUUGAGAGACAUAGGAACUGCUGUGCCGUGCUCGGAUUACAGAGAUCGCGAUCAACUUGCGAAGGAAAAAGGGAAAUUGUAUGAAGAUUCACGCCGCAAUGCAAAACCUUCUGUCAUAGAAGUUGGGAAUAAAGUGCUAAUGAAACAUGUACUACAACGCAACAAGUUAACCCCGAAUUUCGACCCAACUGUCAUGACGGUUGCAGCAAAGGAUGGACCAUGUGUCACAGUUCGAAAUGACGAAACCGGUCAGACAUAUAAGAGAAACUCAAGUCACCUUAAGAAAAUCAACGGUAACAGCCCUGGAAAAGGAUCUCCAAUGCAACACUGCCAGAAGGAUGAUGAGGAAGCUUUCAAAGUAUAG